AUGCUCCACAACGUGCUGAAUGUCGGUUGGACUUUUGGCCUCAACCAUAGCAUUCCCGGAGGCGUCGUGAACCUCUCGGACCGGUUCGACAAGCUGCUCUUCUACACUUCCAGUCACUGCGGCAUUUUGCACAACUGGGGCACGCAGCAGCAGCAGAUUCUGCAGGGACAUAGCAACCAAAUCUCAUGCUCGCGCGUCUCGCCCAACAAACGCUGGAUCGUCACCGCCGACACCGGCUCCAACGCCAUGAUGAUCGUCUGGGAUCUGUAUCCGGACACGGGUGCUGAGGAUACCGACCCUGCCAUGGCUCCUUCGACCGGAAAGCCCCUACCACCCAGCUCCAGCAGAAACAUGUCCAGUGCACUUCCCAUCAAGACCAUAUUUGAUCCCCACCAAAACGGCGUGGUCGAUAUUGCGUUCACCCAGGAUUCGAGAUAUAUCAUCACUCUUGGAAACGAGCCCGAGAAGCAGACGCUUGCCAUCUGGAAUUGGACGACAGAGAGCAACGAGCCGCUCCUGAGCUUUGUAAUCGAUGGAGAGCCACAGAGGGUCCUCAAUAUCAAUCCAGAAGACCCUGGCGAGAUCAUCACCAACGGCCACCACACCGUCAACUUUUUCACGUGGUCGGCCGAUUCCGGCAUCAAGCAGCUCAAGCCGGUAUUCUCGUCCAAGGAUUUCAAGCACAAGCCGACCGGAUUCACCUAUUCGACCUUUAUCCUCACGGGUGGGCAGUCGCUCUCUGCCACACUAGAUGGCGACGUCAUCAUCUGGUCGGAUCGGUCGCUCAACAACCUCAGCGUCAAACUCGACCGAGGCGAAAAAGCAGCCAUCAAGUACAUGAGACUGCACAGCGGACCUAUCAACUUUGUCACCUCGGUCCAUGGCAAGUACGUCGUGACCGGUGGAGAAGACGGCUUCCUCAAGAUCUACGACAACCAGUUUCGCCUGAUGCUGUGGUUCGAGAAGCUUCGAGCCGGACCUGUCACCUCGGUGUCGUUCACUUCACCGACUCCGAGUGAUACAUUGCCGCGUGAAGCCAUCUGCGAAGACAUGGAUAUCCCAGAGUUGGUUGUUUCCACCCGCAGUGGCAAGGUUCUGCUGCUCUCCAAGAAUGUGCUUGCUUCGAGUUCCCAAAAGAACGACGGAAAGGUCGAGUUGGGUAUUCCAAACUCGUCUGUGAUCUUGGAAACCCAGCCUAAGAGGGUUACCGCUUUGGCCGCGCAUCCAACAAAGCCUCUGAUAGCCAUGUCGGGGCACAGCGGACUCGUCCAAGUGUGGAACUACUUGACCAAGAAGGUGACCAUUUCCAAGCAAUUCGAAGCUCCUUCGGCCGAUACAAAGACGCAGAACUAUGGACAUGGCAAGCCCAAGCACGAAGUGCUGGAGCCUUCCAAGAUCGAAGCCGUGUCAUUUUCCAAGAAUGGCGAGAUCAUGGGAAUCGGAUUCAACAAGGGCACCAUUCGCAUCAUCCGAAGCGACGAUCUCGAAGAUCUCAACUCCAGCUCAAGGUCCGAGCCUGCAAUCCCAGCAAGCGCCGCAGACGAGUCGGAAACGCUUCCACCCCUGCCCCGUGCUCAACUGGGCUUCAAGGUCUCUGCCUCGCCUAUAAUCAUGAUCCAGUUUUCGGACUGUGGCUUGUACAUGGCCGCGGCGGACGGAAGCCACGCCGUGAUUGUGUUCAAGUAUGAGAGCCUGGUGUUGCCCGGCGGAGAAACCGGUUCACGCUGGAGCUAUAUUGGAAAGUGUCGCUCUCAUUUCAAGCAAGUCAUUGGUUUGAUCUUCCUCCCAUCAUCGGAGACCAACAAGACGCGGCUGCUGUCGUUCUCCAAAGAUAGACAUGUCGUCGAGUACGAUCUGGACGGGGCCUCCAUCACGGCUGGGCUGCCUCUAAAGUCCAUCAAGCGAAUUGAACAAGCCAGUCGACCACUGGCGGUCACACUGGGCCCAAAGCCCAGCCAAGAGGGCGCCGAGCAGUUCAUACUGACCGUCGACUCGGACUACAAGUUCAAGUACUACAACUCCACGACCCAACUCUGCCGCCAGACCAGUCUCGGCCCCACGUAUGCCGGUCCGGUAUCCAGUUUGCUGCCAUUGUAUCAGGGCGACGAUGGGGCUUGCAAGUAUAUGGCGUUUGCAGCGCAAGAAAAGAUCAUUGGGGUCAUCAAGUUUCCCCUCGAUGGCAAUCCAUUCCGCUCCAUGGGUGUUGUCGGGCAUCCCGGAGAGAUCUCCAAUAUCUGCUGCUCCUAUGAUGGAAACUUUAUCUUCACUUCUGGCGGAGAAGAUGCCACUGUCUACAUGUGGAGCAUGGACGCAUCUGUUCUCGAGUCUCAGGUAAUUAUGGGUGGAAGAAACCUCGAGCCCUUCCUGAACCUGCUCGACCCAAGCGGCCAAGGCAUCGGAGGAGCCAUCUACAAGGAAAUGGAAGACUAUUUCUACUAUGCCCAGCUUCGAAGCCAAGGAGAGGACAACACCAAAGACCGAGUCAUUGAUGAGAAUGUCAAGAUCAGUGAGGUCCCGUCGAUCAUGCAAGCGAUGGGCUAUUAUCCGUCGUCGCUCGAGAUCGACGACAUGCUGAACGAGAUCCGAUACUCUGGGCUCUCUGGGUCGGGCCCAAUCAAAAAUGACAUUACGUUUGAGGACCUGAUCAAGCUCUACAUCAAUCACCGGCCGGUCGCAGAUCACACUUUUGCCCAAAUCGAAUCCGCUCUGGCUGUGGCCCACCGUCUUGAGCCGGGCGAGCCCGCGCCUAGCGGUCCGACUCCCAAACUCGGGCCGACCGAAAAGAUGUCCAAGUUUGCGCUCAUGGCUCUUUUGCAACAGUAUGGCGAACCCAUGUCGAUGGAGGAUUUUGAGGUGGCCAUGAAUGCUCUGCUCAUGAACACUGACUACGACGGGCAGCUCCCCGACCUCUUUACGGCCCCCGAGUUUAUCGGAGGCAUCCUGGGACUGCAGCCCAAGGACGAGGUUGAGGCAAAUGAUGAUGAGGAGGAGGUCAUCAGCGAAGCCUUCCGAAACCUCUUGCCCACGGCCGUGACCUCCUAACCAGCACGCAGACAGUCGACGUCGUUGGUGGCGCUCCGCCCAGAUCCACAUGUUUACUGCAUGUCCAAAACGGAACGGGAAACCAUAUCGGUCGCCAUUUCCUCUGUGCUCUCGUGCCUUCAGGGAAUAAAAUGGA